UUUUGUAGUUAUGUCGCCUCCAUCUGUUUCCUUAUUCAUUGAUAAACCAUCACAGUUCACACAAUCCAGUGCACAUGUUGCAAAAUUUAUAUUUUCAAUAGGUAAUUUAUCAUGUUUUUAUAUUUAGAAACAUUCACUUCUUAUGAAGAUUAUAAAAAGUCGAAGAUUUUAACGGUACCACUGGAAUCUCUCAUAGCAUACUAUGUUUAUAAAUAUUGUCAACCUACAGAAAUAGGAGUUUAUUUUGUUUACAAUGAUACAGAAAAUAGGAUAGAAAGUUUGCAAUUUUGUGAUAAGGAUAUAAGUUUUAAAAGUAAAGACGAUAUACCAUGGCAGGUAGCGUCAUGCUUGUAUCCCGUUGUGUUAAAUAAUGAUACAAUCGUAACUGGUUUGUGUGCUGUAUCUAGACAUAUCUGCAAGCAUAAGACUUCUGCGAGAAGGCCGGAGGAGCACGAAGAAGGGCUUCUUGGAUUUCGCAAAGGAUGUCUUCAAGCUCCGAAUGAAGCGUCCAUAUGGACAAAGUUUUGUGAAAUCGAUAUAUUGAAGUCGGUCACAAAUAUUUUGACCUCAAGCAACCUCAAAGAAGUCCCAAUAAACUUGAUAAGAUUCGAGAAUCAUCUAAACAAACCUGUCAAAGUUCAUAAUGUGUAUAAAUUGGCAAGAGAUAUAAAAAAGGAAAACCAAAGAAUAGCUGAUGAAGUAAAUGCAAACAAAGAUGUAAAAAAUGAGGCUCGAGUCCCCAAACAAAGAAAAUGGAAAUCCAAGAGCCAGAAAGAAGUUGAAGUGGACUGCUGUAAACAAAUACAAGAUCUGAACAUAAGCCAUCAGUUUGCUGAGGGACCAUUUCUAACAUUAGCAGAUCUUGUUUUGCUACCGUCAUACUACAUUCUUUUUAAACUCUUUGGUCAUUCAAAGUUUCAGGUAUUAUUUCCUUUAACACAUGAAUGGUUUCAAAACAUAACAUCCUUAACAAAUAUGAAGGAGUUAGAACAUUUAAUGAGCUUUCCUAAAAUAAAUAGUAUUGAUGUUGACAAUUUAAUAAUGCCAAAGACAGAUGAUGUCAGUCUUUACAAGUCGGACCCAAAGAGACACAACCCAAAAAAGAGAUUGUUUACAAAGCCGGAAGAUAUUGAGAAUGCUCUGAAUGUGGUUAAGGAGGGUAUGGAGCUAGAACUGAGCAGUAUUGACUUUGACAACGAUGUCAAUUGGAGUGCAAUCCCAGACGGAGCAAACCCCUUUGCUGGACACUUACCGGAUUCAAGAAACACUAGAAAAUCACAGCAACUAGAAAACUUAACAUUAGCUGCACUGAGUAUGGCCAAAGAUAAAGAUAUUAUUGUCGACUUUUGUAGUGGAAGUGGACACUUGGGAAUAUUAAUAGCAUAUCUGCUGCCAAAGACAACAGUAAUUCUAUUGGAAAAUAAACAACAGUCACUGCUAAGAGCCAGGGAAAGGGUGUACAAAAUGGAUCUGAAAAAUGUUUAUUUCUUUCAAUGUAAUUUGGAUUUCUUCAUUGGAAAGUUUGACAUAGGCAUAGCACUACAUGCUUGUGGCAUUGCUAGUGAUUUAGUCUUGGAUAAGUGUUUGAAAGCCGGAGCCAAGUUUGUUAUCUGCCCCUGUUGCUACGGAUCACUACAUGCUACGGAUAGGCUUGUUUAUCCCAGAAGUUUAAAGUUCAAGCAUUUAAAUGUUGACCAGUAUUUGUGUAUUGGCCACACAGCAGAUCAGACACAUAAAGAUCAUCCCCUUACAGUGAGAGGGGCUAGAUGUAUGGCGGUUAUAGACUCGGACCGAGCGAGGCUAGCUGAAGAGUUUGGGUACAAAGUUACACUGUCCCGGCUAAAACCACUGUCAUGUUCAGACAAAAACAAUUUGUUAAUUGGUGUACCAUCAUGAAAUAAACGAUCUUUUUCGAG